UGUCUCAUUCCACCACGGUCAAACCUGCCGGCAGAGUUCCUGUUUCUUCAGCUCCACACUCAUCAUCUUCAUUUGGAAACUUAACAAACGGAAUUUAUAUUUAUAUAAUACAACAUCGUUUUAUUUAUUUAAAGUAAUCGUCAAGCUAACUUUUUACAGAAAUAAUCCCCCAUUACGCUCUUUAGUUAUGAGUCAUGUGGUCGUUGAUAAUCCACACGGUCUAGAUCAGCAGCUGGCUGGCCUAGACUUGAACAACGUUGACGGCGGAGAAGGCGGAGGAACUGGCAGGCGUUACAUUCCACCUCACCUGAGAAACUCUGGCGCACCUAGAAAUGCAGGAAAUGGUUAUUCCGCUGGUAUACAGUACGGUUAUUCAGUGGCACCAGUAAACCUCUAUUCACCUGGAUGGGACGGUGGCCGCAGCAAUGGAUAUGUGAAUGGUUAUCACGACAACCGCUCUAAUGGGGGCUAUGGAGGACGAGGAGCCCCUCGCGAUGAUAGAGGUGUAGGCAGUGAAGGAAACUUUGCAGCUCCUCGUGAUGCCGCCUACAACAGCUUUGGCGGACGCAACAACGAUAGGUCAAAGUCCACCUUCUUCAACGACCGUGGGUCAAGCUCAAGGGGAAGUUAUAAUCGCGGGGGUUACUCCAGCGGCGGCGGAGGAGGAGGAAACCGCUGGUCGGACGAAUCCAGAGACGAAGAUUGGUCCAAGCUCACCGCUCCCAACGAGCGCCUGGAAAAUGAGCUGUUCGGUGCAAGCAACACUGGUAUAAACUUUGAGAAGUAUGACGAUAUUCCCGUGGAGGCUACAGGAAGCAACUGCCCGCCUCACAUCGACACCUUCCACGAUGUUGACAUGGGUGAGAUUAUCAUGGCAAACAUCGCCAUGAGUCGUUACGAUCACCCCACCCCGGUCCAGAAGCACGCCAUCCCCAUCAUCAAGUCCAAGAGAGACCUGAUGGCCUGCGCACAGACUGGCUCUGGUAAAACGGCUGCCUUCCUGCUGCCGGUGCUGAGCCAGAUCUACAGCGAAGGACCCGGAGAAGCUCUCGCAGCAUCGAAGAACGGAGGACAGGAUAGUGGAAGGUAUGGCCGCCGUAAGCAGUACCCCCUCGCCAUGAUCCUGGCUCCCACCAGAGAGCUGGCCUCACAGAUCUACGACGAGGCGAGGAAGUUUGCCUACCGCUCACGUGUGCGCUGCUGCGUUGUGUACGGAGGCGCUGACAUCGGACAGCAGAUCAGAGAGCUGGAGCGCGGCUGCCAUCUGGUGGUGGCGACACCCGGACGCCUCGUGGACAUGUUGGAGCGCGGAAAGAUCGGACUGGACUAUUGCAGCUUCCUGGUCCUGGACGAGGCUGAUCGUAUGUUGGACAUGGGUUUCGAGCCCCAGAUCAGACGCAUCGUGGAGCAGGAUACCAUGCCGCCUAAAGGCAUCCGACAGACCAUGAUGUUCAGCGCCACCUUCCCCAAGGAGAUCCAGAUCCUUGCUCGUGACUUCCUGGAGGAUUACAUCUUCCUGGCAGUGGGCCGUGUCGGCUCCACUUCAGAAAACAUCACCCAGAAGGUGGUGUGGGUCGAGGAGAACGACAAGAGGUCCUUCCUGCUCGACUUGCUCAAUGCUACAGUUAUUCCCACUGAUGAAAAUGUGCCAGAGGUUCCAGAGAAACCGGGUAAAGAGUCUCUGACGCUGGUGUUCGUGGAGACCAAGAAGGGCGCGGACGCCCUGGAGGACUUCCUGUACCACGAGGGCUACUCCUGCACCAGUAUCCAUGGAGACCGAUCCCAGCGAGACAGAGAGGAGGCGCUGGCCCAGUUCAGAUCCGGACGCUGCCCCAUCCUCGUGGCCACAGCUGUGGCUGCCAGAGGUCUGGACAUCAGCAACGUGAAGCACGUGAUCAACUUCGAUCUGCCCAGCGACAUCGAGGAAUACGUUCACCGUAUCGGCCGUACGGGACGUGUGGGAAACCUGGGUCUGGCCACGUCGUUCUUUAACGACAAAAACAGCAACAUAACCAAAGACUUGCUGGACAUCUUAGUGGAGGCGAAGCAGGAAGUUCCCUCCUGGCUGGAGAGCCUGGCCUACGAGCACCAGCACAAGAGCACGACCCGAGGGCGCUCCAAGAGGUUCUCCGGUGGUUUCGGAGCCAGAGAUUACCGUCAGACGCCCGGAGGCGGACCCUCCAGCUUCACUACGCCCCGUGGAGGUCGCAGCGCUGGAGGAGGCCGUGGAUUUGGAGGAGGCGGAGGUGGAUUCGGUGGUGGCGGCGGAGGAGGCUUCUACGGCGGAGGAGGAGGAGGAAACGACGGCGGUUACGGAGGAAGCUACAGCAACUCUGGCAGCGGCACGGAUUGGUGGGGGAACUAGUCGCCGACAGGAACGGGUUGCCUUUUUUUGCCAACCGCACCCAAUGGAAACCACAUGUUAACUUAAAGGCCAGACCAUAACUAAAUAAAAAAACACACCCUUUACCCUGUGUAGCUUCACUGACACACAGUACAUUACCAACCCUGGUUCUCUGCCAUUCGCUUUCCUCUACACAAAGGGAAAAGUGCAGCAAAGCAGCGCUACGCUAAAAACAAGAAAACACGGAAAGCCACCAGCAGCACAGAGACUGCAGCGCAACGGGAGAAAAACAGAGAAACGCACCUCAGAGCGAGCAUGGAUGCUGACGUUGCAAAAUGUCCGACAGCAACUUCGGACUUCUUUCAUUGUUAUAAAAAGUAUUUUUGUUCUUUUUUGUGGAAAUAGGGCGGGAAGAAACAAAUGGAAAGAACACCUGAGGAUCAUUUGUAUGUUAAUGUACUGUGCCUUCUGGAAUUUAGACAGGAAAUAUACAUAUAUAUAUCUCCAUGUUUUCAUUCCACCAGAUGGCCAAGAGCUUUCUCUCUCUUCAACAACAAAAAUAAUUUGAUUUUACGAUAUUUGUUUGGUGAAAAAAAAAGAAAAAAGGUUAAAAAAAAAGAAAGAAAUAAGCAAAUCCAACCUUGGCAAACACGGGGGUAUUGUGGUUCUGACGUCAUGAUUCCAUUUGAACUUCAAAUUUAAUCCCAGGAACAUCUCGUAGCCUUUUCGAUAGUCUACAAACAGCUAAUGGAGCCAUUACCAAGUCUAACUCCAUCUGGGCCGCUCCGUGAAGCAUUUUAAAAUCCGAAGGGACAACGCUUUCUUUGUUUUGCUCACUCUAUCCUGGACAGGCUCCUUUGUAAAUGGAUCGUCUUUGAAAAAGCCAUUCCUGAUGUAAUCUUAAGAAACACGAGAAGUCACUAAAGCUCCGACGCGAGAAUCGAAGCUCCAGCGCGUUUCAAAAUAUUGACUUGACAGUGUUACGGCAGCUAGUAUGUUACCAAGUGCUAGCUAUCGUUAAAGUGGGCGGUGUUUUUUGUUUCUUUAUUUUACUUGAGACAUUUUUGGUGGUGUGUUGUGAAAUCAAAAAAAAAAAAAAACUUUUUUUUUUUUUUUUUUUUUCCUGAAAACAAAAAAUGCCUGCCAUCUUUGAAAGUGAAGUUCAAAAUGGCCGCUGCAUAAAGGACCACAGCAUCGGGGGGGCACAGCGUGGUGUUAGUGUUUACUGAAUCAGCCGCUGACGGGGGAGGGGGGGCGGCCCCAUCAUUGGUAUUCUACGCUUGCAAGUGUUUUGUUUUUUGGUCAAGGAACAGGAAGGACACGAGAACUGAGUCGCAGGCUUAACUUAAUUACAAACGUUUUCUCUUUUUCAAGCUGCGUUGGAGGCAGGGUUCAUCACUGAGGUUUAUCGGGGAGAACAGCGCAGGGUAGAGCGACACUUUUCCUCCUGAAAAGAUUCAGUCAGUGCAUCGUUAUCGUCGCGGCCUUGGCUUCCCCAUCGCCGCGCUGUGACACUGUGGAGGCGGCCGAAACAUGACGGGCCGUUUCCUCUAAAUAAAGUCAGGUAUAUAAAACUCUGUGGCUCUGUGAAGCCAGGCUUUUCCUCUCAAAGAGGAGCAGCCAAUCGAGAGGGGGAGACAACGCUCCUCAUCGGGUGCCUUGAAAACCUUUAUUUUGUUUUGUUUUUACUUUUAAGAAAUUGAUCUAAAAAGCGGAUGCACUGGCUAGUGUUGAGAACUUGAGAUUGAAUGGUGCUACUUGAUUUAGGCCCUUGUUCGUCGUCGUCGUGCCCAUCAAGUUUUACAAGAAAGUUCUUUUAUUGCACAUCUAGAGUUUUAUAUAGAUGUCUUCUUGGAUAUGUGUCCUUAAAGCUUCCAAAUAUUGUGUGUGAGGAGAUUGUGAGAAAACGACGCAGCUUGUUUACAAAGGGGACAGGUUCUCAACGUUUAAACCAGGAUUUAUUUGGGACCAGGGGAUUUAGCAGUCUUGGGGGGAAUUUAGCCAUUUGCACAGAUUUCUAGAUUCUACUUUUGCUGCUAGUUUUGUGUAAUUUAUUAAGCAUUUUUGACAAAUAUUUAUUUUUGUAAGCCUCAAAGUGAUUCUUUGAAAGUUUCAGAAACUUGACCAAAAGACAGUACAAAAAACACUGGCACUUGAAUGUUGAAUGUCACCUGUAUGCGUGAAAUUUAUAUAUUUCGGGGUAGUGUGAGCUUUUUAAUGUUUAAGAUACAUUGGACUCAGUAAAUAAUAUCCACAGCUGUUUUCAGGGCCUCCUCAGGGCCGCUCAUCUUAUCUAUAUAUAUUAAUUGGUCAACAAAAUUUGAAAUGGAAUUGAACCAACAUGCCAAGGUUUGGAAAUAAAGCUGUCAGAGCAUCAAAAUCUCCUGAAGCAUAUCAGUGCUGACUCUCCAAUCGUGUGAUCUUAUCUCUAAUUUGACCUGAUGAUUUUCUCCAGUGAAUGUCUGGCACAUGGCAAUCCUUAAAGAAACAAACAUGUGGUUUAUUCUCAUUGUUGUAUUUUGCAUAUAUGACGCUUCUGGAUUUUUUUUUUUCUGCGUGCACGUGGAGAACGUCGUUGUUUAUCCUGCGUGAAAAACCUUCGAGACGUUCUCCACGUUCCCUCGGAGAACCCCGGAGCUGUUUAGACGUAGACUUUGCUUUCUGUAUUAGCUUAGAAGCUACUUGCACUGCAUGGGAAAUACUCAGCUGUGCAAACAAAUUGUUUGAUUUUACCAAAAUAAAAUGUUUGAAUGCAAAAAAAGUUCUCCUGAAAACUCCAGCAUGUUUCCACUGUUUCCUAGAAUCUGUAGCAGCAGCUGGUUUAGGACGGGCUUCAUUUCCUUUGGACUCAAUAUAAAGUUUUCAUUUGUAAAUUCA